ACUUCAUAAUAUGCCUGUUUUAAUCUUCACUUUCUUCUUAUUUCUUCUUCACUGCUUUUAAUUUGUUUCUAUGUCCAAGGUCUAUCACAAAUUUUCUUUCAUUUGCUUAAUUCAUCACAUGCUUUUCUUUGCUUUUGAUUAUCUGCUACUGUUAUAGCAGCUAGCUUUGUCAGAUUGUCAAGGAAGUCAACUUCACUGCUUUAUUUUCAGUUCUAAUCUCUCAACACUUUUCAGCCACUAAGUCAGGUAAUAAGAUCUGAAGCAAUUAUUUAUUGCCAACUUCAAUGAUUUUGUUUUGCUGUCCAAGGUCUAUCACAAAAUUUCAAGCAUCCUAUCAAGCUACCUUUGUAAGACACUGCUUCAUUUUCAGUUCUAUUCUCCCAACACUUUUCAGCCACUAAGUCAGGGACAUAGCAAUGGAGUCCGUAGGGCCUGUUGUCGGCAUUGCAAAUUGUCUCGGAACUCCUGUUUGUAAAUAUUUGCAAUAUCACAGAAAGCUGAACGAUUAUGUGAGAAACUUCAAGAGGAUCGGAGAUGAAUUGAAUUGCAAAAUGGAAGAUAUAGAGCUGCAAUUGAAAGCAGAGCUUCUUCGGCCUCUGGGGAAGAUACCGAAGAAGGGAGUUGAAAAUUGGUUGAAAGCUGUGAAAGAGAUGAUUAGGGAAGCACAAGUUGUUGAAAACAAAGUCAGUAACGGGAGAUAUCUCUGUCGUGCUUGCAACGGGAAGCUGGUUGAUGAAAAGACUCGAGAAAUGAAGAAAUUUCUUGAUAACGCUCCUAAUGCCUCUGAAGGUCUUGCCAUGGAUGGUCCAAGUGCUGGGUUGCCACUGCCAACAUCAGAACUAGUUGGAGAAGAAGCUGUCAGAAAUGAGAUUUGGGCAUGUUUGAUGCUGGAGGAGGUGAGCAAGAUUGGGGUUUGGGGAUGGGCGGUGUGGGUAAAACCACUAUCAUGAAGCACAUCCACAAUGAUCUUUUGAAAGAACAAAGAUUCGAAAGGGUAAUCUGGGUUACCAUAUCAAAGGAGUUCAAUGUAAUGAAGGUACAAGAUAACAUUGCAAGUGCGUUGGAGGCGAAGGAAUAUUUAGACAAAGAAGAGGACAAGCUCAGACGAGCAGCAAUCUUGUCAGAAAUGCUGAAGAACGCAGGAAAGAAUGUUCUAAUCCUAGAUGAUGUGUGGGAUAAAGUCUCCCUAGAGGAAGUUGGGAUCCCUGAGCCGAGUGGUGGCAAUGGCUGCAAGUUGGUAUUGACAACCCGUUCGGAGCAUGUCUGUAAGUAUAUGGGUUGUAAGGUGAUAAAAGUGAGGCCCCUUUCAGAAGAAGAGACAUUGAUACUAUUCUUGAAUAAAGUUGGACCUAACAUAGUUCAAAGUCCAACUAUAAUGCCAACUCUGAAGCUUGUUGUCAAGGAAUGUGCGGGUCUACCUCUUACAAUUAUCGUGGUAGCUGGUACCAUGAAAGGAGAAUAUAACCCUCGUAUUUGGAAAAAUGCACUCAAAGAUUUGAAAGAGAGAAUAGGAAAGUGGAAGGAGUGGAAGCUGAGGUAAUCGAGCGCUUGAAAUUUAGU